AUGUGUGGAAUUUUCGCCGCCUACAAACUGCCCGACGUGGCCGAGUACAAGACACAUGCGCUGCAGCUGUCCAAGCGAAUCCGACACCGGGGCCCCGACUGGUCGGGAAACUGCUCCAAGAACAACACCAUCAUUUGCCACGAGCGACUGGCCAUUGUGGGUCUGGACACCGGAGCCCAGCCCAUCACCUCGCCUGACGAGUCGAUUGUUCUGGGAGUGAACGGAGAGAUCUACAACCACCGAAUCCUGCGAAAGGAGUUCCCCGACUACAAGUUCAAGACCCACUCGGACUGUGAGCCCAUCAUUCCUCUGUACGAGAAGUACGGCAUCGACGCCCCCAAGAAGCUCGACGGAAUGUUUGCCUUUGUUCUGUACGACUCCAACAAGGACCGAAUUAUCGCCGCCCGAGACCCCAUUGGAAUCACCACCCUGUACAUGGGCCGAUCUUACAAGAACCCCCAGACUGUGUGGUUUGCCAGCGAGCUCAAGUGUCUGGUGGACGACUGUGACGAGAUCAAGGCCUUCCCCCCCGGCCACGUCUACGACUCCGACACCGACAAGAUCACCCGAUACUUUGAGCCCUCCUGGUGGGACGGAUCCAAGAUCCCCACCAAGCGAGUUGACUACAAGGAGCUCCGAGAGGCUCUGGAGGCUGCUGUUCGAAAGCGACUCAUGUCCGAGGUUCCCUACGGUGUUCUGCUUUCCGGCGGUCUCGAUUCUUCUCUGAUUGCCUCCAUCGCUGCCCGAGAGACCCGACGAGCUGCUCCCGAGAAGACCGUCAACCAGGAUCUUGCCGGUGUCGACGAGCAGGGCCACCUGACCAACUCUUCCGGCUCGCGACUGCACUCCUUCUCCGUCGGUCUGCCCGGCGCUCCCGAUCUGCUUGCCGCCCAGAAGUGUGCCGAGUUCAUUGGCACCAUCCAUCACGAGUACACCUUCACUGUCCAGGAGGGUCUGGACGCUCUUCGAGACGUCAUCUAUCACCUGGAGACCUUUGACGUGACCACCAUCCGAGCCUCCACCCCCAUGUACCUGCUUUCUCGAAAGAUCAAGGCCGGAGGAGUCAAGAUGGUUCUGUCCGGUGAGGGAUCCGAUGAGGUCUUUGGCGGCUACUUGUACUUUGGCGCUGCUCCCUCUCCCGAGGCCUUCCACACCGAGUGUGUGCAGCGAGUCAAGAACCUGCACUACGCCGACUGUCUGCGAGCCAACAAGUCCACCAUGGCCUGGGGACUGGAGGCCCGAGUGCCCUUCCUGGACAAGCAGUUCCUGGAGGUUGCCAUGAACAUUGAUCCUAAGGACAAGAUCAUCGACAAGGACCACAUUGAGAAGUACUCCAUCCGAAAGGCCUUUGAUACCUCCGACGAGCCCGGCGCUGAGCCCUACCUGCCCGACGAGAUUCUGUGGCGACAGAAGGAGCAGUUUUCCGACGGAGUUGGCUACUCGUGGAUCGACGGUCUCAAGGAUGCCGCCGAGAACACCAUCACCGACGAGCAGCUCAAGAACCCCAAGCCUCACUGGGGUGCUGACGUUCCCAAGACCAAGGAGGCCUACUGGUACCGAUGCAUGUUCGACGAGCUGUUCCCCCAGCCCGCCGCCGCCACCACCGUCAUGCGAUGGAUCCCCAAGGCCGACUGGGGAUGUGCCGAGGAUCCUUCCGGACGAUACGUCAAGUCUCACUCUGCUCAUAAGCAGUAG